AUGGAUGUGUUACGCGAUAUGAAGAAUUAUUUGAUACCAAAAAAAAUUCCCGACCAUUUUUGGGAUAAAAUGUUAAAAUGUUCAAUAGAAUAUAAAAGAAAAUCUACAUACGAAUGGUUAUUCGGUGAAGAAAAGCGAAAAGAAAAACGUGUUCGACAUCAAGUAAAGAGACGUGAAUUAUAUUUACAAAAAUUAGAAGAAAAUCGAAAAUUAAUUGCUGAAGGCGUACGCCUAUUACCUACACAUUAUCCUGGCUAUCGAUCGAUCUAUCGUUAUAUACAAGAUAACUCAUUUAAUAAACUUCAACGUCGACAAAAAUUAUUUGUUGCAGCACGUCUUGAAGAUUUUGUAGUGAUUGAUUGUGGAUUUGAACAUGAAAUGACAAGAGAUAAUUAUCUACUAAGUUUGUUAAGAAAACUUUAUAAAUGUUAUGAUUUACUUUACAAAUUUCAUUCGCCAUCUCAACUGUAUUUAUGUAAUGUUAUUUCGGAUGUUGAAAAAGCUUUUAAAACAACUAUUGAAGGAAAUAUGUUGGAUAGUUUAUUAUUUCAAUCAACAACUAAAUCUUAUCUGGAUAUAUUUCCAAAAGAAAAAUUAAUUUAUUUAACACCAGAUUCAGAAAAUGAAAUGGAAACAUUUGAUCAUGAUGCAAUUUAUGUUAUUGGAGGAAUAUUUGAUAAUACUAAAAAAGUACCGAUCACAUAUGAAAAAGCACAACAUGAAAAUAUUCGACAUCAACGAUUACCACUAGAUCGAUAUCUAAAGUUUCAUGAGACAUCGAGUAAAGCAUUAGCAAUGAAUCAAGUGUACAAAAUAUUAAUGACAUUGAAACAUACAAAUAAUAAUUGGUAUAAAGCAUUCAAAUAUGUAGCAAAUAAAAAAAUAGCGACACGUUACAUGGAUGAGAAUAAUAACGAUAUUGACGAAUUAGACGAAGACAUAGUUCAAGAUGAUGAGGAUGACUAA